AUGGAGUGUGCCACGCCGGGGUCGGGCUACGCAAAUCUGGCCGGCUUUCCGAACCACAUGAAUGGCCCGAUGAUGCGAUGGCGCACUCGGACUGGCGGGGGUGCUGGCGUGUUGACGAACCUCGGCGUGAUCAGCGCUGUGGUCAACCGGCCGCCGUGGAACUCAUGGCCAUCAUAUUCCUAUUCAUAUCAUGGCGGCUAUCUCGGCCAUGGCUGGGAUGGAUCGAGCCGGGCGGCAGACGGGGCAUGUUCGGGCGAUGUCGGCACAAGGAGGGCAGGCACUGUGCGGGCCCUGCGGCACCGCGGCACCAGCGCCGUGGAGAUUGCCCCGCACGCGCUGCUGCAUGGCGAGUGGCUCCGAGCGCACUUGUACCAGACACAUGUACUUCAGUCUACCCGAGAGGUGGCCGCCCACCUCACCUGGCUCCGCUGCUAA